CAGAAGUGGCGCUACUUUUUGACACAAUUGCUGGCGCCCGCAACCAAGAUGGAACUCGUGAUCGGAUGCGUCGGGAAGCCGUCGGCGGGCAAGUCGACGUUCUUUAAUGCGGUCACGGAUGGCAAGGCGAAGGUGGGCAACUUCCCUUUUACAACCAUCGAACCAAACGAGGGGAUCACGUACUACACGACGGAAUGCCCAUGCAAGUCGCGCGGGAAGUCGGGAUUGUGCAAACCACGGUACGGUCAAUGCGUAGGCGGCACACGUCACAUUCCGGUGAAGCUUCUGGAUGUGGCAGGCUUGAUUCCUGGUGCGUCGGAGGGUGCAGGUCUAGGCAACAAGUUCCUGGACGAUUUGCGCCAUGCCCACGUGUUGAUGCAUAUCAUCGACGUCAGCGGCACCACGAACGAGAAGGGCGAAACCACGAUCGGGUACAACCCACUGAACGAUGCCGACUGGUUGACGACGGAGAUUCACAACUGGGUCUUCAACAACUUAUGGAAACGGUGGGGCUCGAUCGCCCGGCGCCACUCGGCAACGCAAAGCACACUGCGAGCGACGUUCCAGGGACAAUUGAGCGGGUAUGGCGCAUCCGUCGCGACGAUUCUGGCGAUGCUCAACAGCAUGGGCGACGCGGUCAAGGAGCCAUGUGUGCUGACGACGUGGGGCGAGGCGGAAGUCCACGCGUUGGUUGACGCGUUUUUGACGCAGCGCUUCCCGACAAUUCUCGUGCUCAACAAAGCCGACAUUGGCAACGACACGGACAAGAACAUUGAGCGCAUCGUGGACAAGUAUGGUGGCGACCGAUGCUUCGUCGCGAGCGCGGCGUCCGAAGUGUUUUUACGCAACAUGCACACGAAGCGCCACAUCAUGUACGAGCCUGGCGACAUGGUGUACACGACGAGCGACGACGAUGCAUCGCUGCUUCCCCUGCUGCCCAAGAUGUCGGCGCGCCUCGACCAAGUCAGUGACAUGGUGCUGUUUCGGUACGGCAGCACCGGCGUCCGCGCCGCCAUUAAUGCCGCCGUCGCGCUCAGCAACAUGGUCGUGGUGUACCCGGUCAAGUCUCUCAAGAACUUGACGACUGUCGAAGGCGACGUGUUUGGCCAUGCCAUCCUCGUUCGCGCCGGGACGACGGUGCGCGAAGUCGCGUACGUGCUGUCUCCCGUCGUCGGGGCCAACUACCUGUACGCCGAGGGCGAAGAUGGCCGCCGGCUGUCGGAAGACGACGCCGUUUCCAUGAACCUCAUCGUCAAGUUCACGACGGUCGCGUCCAAAGACGCAAGUACGUCGGCGCCGCCGGCUACAGACGACAAGAAGCCCAAGAAAGACAAAAAGGAAGCGGACACCUGAAGCGCUGCUGACGUGUUUCGAGGACCAGACCACUCCAACAAAUAGAUACACAAGUGCAAUUCACAUAUAUUGAACACAGCGCCGAACCCUGUGGAUGGCUACGCGACGUCUUGCACGGGGCUCC